AAGGCUCCACCUCCACGACUCCGUCGAACGCGUUGGUUAGCAGCAGCGAGCUCCCCGAAUCACUGGCUUCUCCUCCAUGCCGAGGAAAGACAGUCACCCACACCACCACCACCAUUCGUAUUGUUUCUUUUAAAUCGGCUCUGAAUCCACCGCUGCUGUCAUGGCCUCGGACGGCAUGGACGAACGAUCGCCGCUGCUGUCGGCCCCCAACUCUGAGAACGUCAGCCCGGUGGCCCCCCCGUAUCUGCAGGAGCCGAGCCCCCGAGCCGAACUACCUCCUCCUUACACAGCCAUCGCCAGCCCGGAUGCGGGGGGCAUGCCCGUCAUCAACUGUCGCGUGUGCCAGUCACUCAUCAACCUGGACGGCAAGCUGCACCAGCACGUGGUGAAGUGCACCGUGUGCAACGAGGCCACGCCCAUCAAAAACCCUCCAACAGGGAAGAAGUAUGUGCGGUGUCCCUGCAACUGCCUGCUCAUCUGCAAAGACACGUCCCGCAGGAUAGGCUGUCCCCGACCCAACUGCAGACGCAUCAUCAACCUCAGCCCGGUGAUGGUGAUCCCCGAGGAGCAGCCGGCCCAGCCCGCCCUGCCCGCCCAGCCAGAGGGGCUCCGGGUGGUCUGUGGGCACUGUGGCAACACCUUCCUGUGGAUGGAGCUCCGGUUUAAUACGCUAGCCAAGUGCCCACACUGCAAAAAAAUAUCGUCGGUUGGCAGUGCACUCCCUAGGAGGCGCUGUUGUGCGUACAUCACAGUAGGAAUGAUCUGCAUCUUCGUCGGAGUGGGGCUCACAGUGGGCACCAGAGACUUUGCCAGUCGCUAUAAUGCGGUGUACGUUUCCUGGGCGGUGGCUUACCUGAUCGGUCUCAUCUGUCUGGUACGGGCAUGCUAUUGGGGUGCCAUCAAAGUCAGCUAUCCAGAGAACAGCUUUGCCUAGAAUGGUGCCACACGAAACCCCUGGCUUGGCACAGCCCUGCAUGAAUGGAAUAUUACGCCACUUUUCAUUAUUUUUGUGCUUCUUUUUGUUUCAGAUAUGAAUGGGAGUGUGUGUUACACCGAGCAGAACGUGUGUCGUUCUGAAGUGUGUGGGUGUCUGUCUAUUAUAGGGUGCAUGUUGUACAUUGUGUUUUUAUUGAAUUUGCUGAAGAACGUUUAUGUUGGUCAGUCUCCUCCUACUAGUUUCCAUUGUUGAUGAAACUUGCAUAUAUCUUCCAUGGUGCAGGGGCAAUGAGCCGAAUGUGAACACAUAGGCCUAUGAGAUGAGUCAGAAAGUGGGAUUUAAAUCUCUUUUUGUCUAUCCUUGUCACUCGACAUUGUAAAUGGAUCCCUUGCUGAGCCCCGAUAUUUAGUUUUCAAUCCAGUUGGACUUGAUGUCUCUCUCUCUCUCUCUCUCUCUCCCUCUGUCUCUGAACUUUCAUAUUUUGAUAAGCACUCCUCCGUCUUCACUUGGUGAUACCCAUUCAACAUGUAGUCUUUCAUUCGCAGACCAAAACGAGACGAUGAACUCCUAAGAAAUAUGUGCCCAUUGCACUGCAAUUCAUAUGCAAUAGUACGUGUUGUUUUGCUGCUAGCUAAAAUCGUGGCUUUCGGAAGCUGCAUGUUCAUAUAGUGUAUUUUAACCAUCUACUUCAGCCUUUAAAGGCUGACGACACAUUAUAAGUCUUUGAUUUUAACUCUCGAUGUGAGCAACUUUUAAACAAAUUGUACUUAAAAAUACCUGUGCGUGCCAAUGUUGCUGCCCAGUAUUAGACAAUGAGUGUUUGUGCGUGUGUGUGUGUGUGUGUGUGUUAUGGCUUGUUUGCCAUGCCAGUUGAGAAUUUAUACUUCAUUUUUAGUUUUUCACUUAAUUUAAGUUGCUUGGAGGUGAUCAUUUUUUUAAUCGUUGAUUUUAAAUACGUGGUCAAUCCCAUCUGCAGUAUGAAUCCGUUCGCUUGUUUUUUGUUUUGUUUUACGAGGUUGCUAAAGCCUUGAGAUUUGAUUGUGUUUUUAGCUUUUAGCUCCUUCUACCUGUGAUUUUAGAAUGUAAGCCUUCUCCCUCCUUGAGCUGGUUGCCAACUGAGUCAUGUCCUAGCUAGCAUCGCUAUAGGCUAACAACAUUGUGUCUUUUCAACAACGGACACAGUCCAAACUUCUAACCAUGUUCUGAAUGUGAUGAUGAUGAUGGUGAUGAUGCUGUAUCAGAAAGUAUUACUAAUAAAGAAAAUAAUACUUUGAACCAGGUUCAAAUUCAAUAGAUAGAAAACGGUAGCGUGAGUGGAAUGAAAAAGAUGGCUCUCUGGUCUUUUUAAAAAGGAUAAUUUAUCAAUAAAAUGGAGGAAAAACGAUUCCAAUGUCUGUUUGUUU